UAAUUUUUUUACUGUGGGUGUUGGCAGUAGCCACUAGAGGUUGAACUGAACAAAACAAAGUAGAAAAAAAUAACAAAACGAAAACCAAAAAAACCAAAAAAAAAAGAAAAACUAUAGGUUUUAAUUAUAAACAACGAAAAUGGGAUUCGGAGCAAAUAAAGUGGUUUCAUACUUCCACGACCAAGACGUUGGAAAUUUUCAUUAUGGUCCACUCCAUCCAAUGAAGCCACAGAGAUUAUCAGUAACCCACAGUCUGGUUCUACAUUAUGGGAUGUACAAGAAAAUGCAAGUUUACCGACCAUAUCGAGCAUCAGCCCAUGACAUGUGCAGAUUUCAUUCAGAAGACUACAUAGAAUUUCUCCAACGGGUUUCCCCACAAAAUAUACAAGCAUUUAGUAAAUGUUUAGGACAGUUCAAUGUUGGUGAUGACUGUCCUGUUUUUGAUGGACUGUUUGAUUUUUGUUCAAUGUACACUGGUGCCUCACUGGAAGGUGCCACCAAAUUGAACCAUGGCAGCACAGACAUUGCAAUCAAUUGGUCUGGAGGACUCCAUCAUGCAAAGAAAUUUGAAGCUUCUGGUUUUUGCUAUGUCAAUGAUAUAGUGAUUGCCAUAUUGGAACUUCUAAAGUAUCACCCCCGCGUUCUAUAUAUCGACAUUGAUAUUCAUCAUGGAGAUGGAGUUCAGGAAGCUUUUUACCUUACAGAUAGAGUGAUGACUGUUUCUUUUCACAAAUAUGGAAAUUACUUUUUUCCUGGAACAGGAGACAUGUAUGAAAUCGGGGCUGAGUGUGGUCGCUAUUAUUCCGUUAACAUCCCGUUAAAAGAGGGUAUUGAUGAUCAAAGCUAUUUGCAAGUUUUCAAACCAGUCAUUCAGUAUGUGAUGGAGUUUUAUCAGCCGACUGCUAUUGUUCUUCAAUGCGGUGCUGAUUCGUUAGCUAAUGAUCGGUUAGGAUGUUUCAACCUCAGCACAAAAGGACACGGAGAAUGCGUUAAAUUCGUAAAAGAUUUCAAUGUUCCUUUAUUGGUAUUGGGAGGCGGAGGAUACACACUGAGAAAUGUUGCUCGAUGCUGGACGUACGAAACUUCCCUACUGGUUGAUGAAGCUAUCAGCAAUGAGUUACCAUACAAUGAAUAUUUCGAGUACUUUGCUCCAGAUUUCUCUCUCCAUCCUGAUGUUGUUACUCGCCAAGAAAAUGCUAAUAGUAAGCAAUACUUGGAAACCAUAACGAAGACUAUCCAUGAGAACUUACGGAUGAUUGAACACGCACCUAGUGUUAUGAUGCAAGACGUUCCACCGGACCUUUUAAAUUUUGAGGAAACAGAGGAGCUAGAUCCUGAUUCUCGCCUGCAUCAAGAAGAAGAGGAUAAAAGAAUCGAACCAGAUAAUGAAUAUUAUGAUGGAGAAAAGGAUCAAGACAAAGACAGUGCCACGACAGAUUCCUGAACUUUCAUUCCCAGUUUACUCCCUCUCAUUUGUAAUAAAGGCUGCGAUUAAUUAUUACCGAUUUUCUUUUAUUAAAAAAAAGGCAUUGCUCACUUUCAUUCUGGAUUCUGACUCGCAUCUUUUCGGCACAUUGACAUACAAUACAAGGACUUUAAACAACGCAAAA